UGUAGAUUUGUAGUAAAAACCCAGACUCAUUUCUUGCCACCUCUCGCUGUCGCCGGAACCAACCAAAGGCGCAUCUCUGCGCGCACUCUCCCUCUCCCUAGGGUUUCGAUCCGCCCUGUGCUCCGUCUCUCCUCGUCGUCCUCUUCGAUCUACGAUCUCACUGCCAUCACCACUGCUACCGCUGGUGGUGACCAUCUCCAUAACCCGAGUGCAGAGUCGAUCGCUCACUGAUAUCCCUGUCCGCGUCUGCUCUAUUUCAGCUGAUGGCCAAGACCAAGCCCGGCAAGAAGGACCUCGAUUCCUACACUAUCAAGGGCACCAACAAGGUCGUCAAAGUCGGUGACUGCGUGCUGAUGCGGCCGUCGGAGUCGGAGAAGCCGCCGUACGUGGCCAAGGUGGAGAAGAUCGAGGUGGACCACCGUAACAACGUGCGGGUGAAGGUUCGGUGGUACUACCGCCCUGAGGAGUCCAUUGGCGGCCGACGGCUGUUCCACGGCGCCAAGGAGUUGUUCCUUUCGGAUCACUACGACGUGCAGAGCGCGCACACCAUCGAGGGAAAGUGUAUUGUGCACUCGUUUAAGAACUACACCAAGCUUGAGAAUGUCGGGGCUGAGGACUACUUCUGCCGCUUUGAGUACAAGGCGGCCACUGGGGCUUUCACACCUGAUCGUGUUGCCGUGUACUGCAAGUGUGAGAUGCCUUACAACCCUGAUGAUUUGAUGGUACAAUGUGAUGGAUGCAAGGAUUGGUUCCAUCCAUCUUGCAUGGGCAUGAGUACUGAACAAGCAAAAAAGUUGGAACAUUUUCUGUGUUUAGACUGUGACUCGGAAGAUGAUGCAAAAAGAUCAUCGAAUGGAUAUCCAGAUUCGACAAUUUCUGAAUCCAAGGUUGAACCUAAGAGAAGAAAAAGGUGACUGCUAAUUGCUUUAGAUGGAUGUGCAUUUUGUAAAACCCCAUCAUAAUGCUGGUACUAUGAAUGAGAUUGUACAGUGCAGAGAACAAAGAGUUUGACCAUAACCAUUGCACUGUUAUGAACUUUGUGAUUGUUUAUAGUGGCAAUAUUUGCACUUGAGGAAUCAAACGCUGGUGUUUCUCAAAUCUCAAAUAUUCACCCCUCUUGAUUACACUUCAGCCAUAUGAAUAUGCUUUAGUUUCAGUUAAUGUCGUGUGUUAUCUUCAAACCCCUGUCUA